AUGGUCAUCUGCGGAACCAUGCUUUUCUUCGUCUUCCUCCUCAUCCUCUCAGGCACGUCGCCUAAGAGCGAACAGACAGCACCAGUGCUGGAGGUGGGGACAGCACCGGACAGUGUGCGUCAGCGCAUAGCCGACGCGGACACUAAGACUGGCAGCAGUGGAAGCCACAAUGGAAAGGAGGACUCACCUGAUUCCGGCGGAAAGCUCCAGAUAUUCUCAGGCGCCAUGGCGGGCAUGCUGAGCACUGACGAGCCCUUCACGCUGUUUGCUCCCUCAGACGACUUCCUAUUGGACAUCAGCAGCGUCUUUCAUAAGUACCCCAGAACAAAGGAAUUGAUCGACCCCAUGUUGAGUCGGCUAGUGGGUUACUCAGCCGUGCCUCGCCGCAUUCCAGCAGCUGACAUCCCGCUGGGGGCGUUUGAGCGGUUGGAGUCGAUAACAGGGUUUAUCAUCAAUGUGGGGAGGGACCCGCGCACCGGACGGAUCUUUGCCAAUGGCGUGCCGAGCAAGCAGGUGGACAUUCUAGAAGGCCAGCUGGUGGUGCAUCUGAUAGACGGCAUGCUGGGGCCGCUUGACUUCGUGGAGUCGGUGAGAAGCAUGGACCCUGAUGACGUCAGCAUGGAGGCGGCUCUUGAGCAGGAGUUUAAUUCGGGGGCGUUUGUGCGCGGCAGUGAGAGCAAUGGGGGUGGGGGCGGGGGAGAGGUGGGCGGAGGGGAAGGGGGAGGGGGAGGGGGAAGGGGAGAGGGAGGGGGCGGAGGAGGAGGGACCGGGAAGGGUGCGGACGAAGGAACUAGGCAGGGAGAGGCUGGGCAAGCGGCACAGGGAGAGCAGACACAGCCACAGCAGCAGCAGCAACAGCAGCAGCAGCAGCAGGGGGGGGACGGUCAAGCAGAGAAAGUUUUCCUACCAGAGGAGCAGGCGGAUUUGGGUGCUGCUGUUGCUGCCACUGCUGCUGCUGCUGGUGUUGGUGGUGGUGGUGGUGGUGGAGAGGAAGAGAAGCAGCAAGGGGGUGAAGUGGGUCGCUCUAUAGAGGGACAGGGAGAGAAUGCUGGGGAAUUAGCGGUGGCAGCAGCUGGCGCAGAUGGGACACAGAAGGAGCGAGGAGAAGGCAAGGGCGACGGCACGGGCAGUGAUGGUGGUGGCGGUAGCAGUAGCCGUAGUGGCAAUACUGUUGGUAGUGGGGCUGCAAAUGCUGGUAUGGAUAGCGAUGCGCGUAACAGGGACGAAUUCGUGCACGAAGGAAACGAGCUCCUAGAGGCAAACGAGGUGGACAGUAUAGAGGACGAACCUGGGGAGGAGGGGCCUGGGGGCGAGGGAGGCAGCGUUGGGGCAGGCGGGGGCACAGCAGGAGCAGGGCAGGGGGGGGGCAGCUCAGCGAUUAAAGCCCAACCCGCUGGGUUUGGAUGGAAGAGACUAUAUGCGGGUCUGCCAGGGGUGGUGCUAUGGCAAAAGCAGAACACGACAGGGGUGGAGGGAGGCGGAGCAGGGGGUGGUGGGGGGGGGAAUGGGGAGGGUGGGGGUGCUGCAGGGGGUGGGUUUCAGUGGUUUGGGUUUGGGAAGGGAGGCGCAGCUUCCAAGAAGGAGCCGGAGGAGGAUCCUGUGGAUAAUCUUCCUAUAUUGAAGCCGGAAGUGAUUGCUCAGGAGCAGGUGCGCGAGGAGGAGAAAGCAAAGCCAGGAGUGGAAGUGGACUUCAGGGGAGAACACAAAGGAGCAUCUGUAAUCGAGGUGCCUCCACCUGUGGAUCCCACCAAGCUCCCCUGUUUGGGGCGGGGAAUACUGCAGGCAGACAACAAGUGCAUCUGCGCUGUGCUCUAUGGCGGGGAUAACUGUGAGGAAACACGCAACACAGACAAGCUGACAGUCGACCCUUAUGUGGGAAGCUACCUGCUCACUGCACAAGCCGUCAUGCCGCCACCGCCGCCAGCAGCAGGAGAAGAGGGGAGCAGCGGAGGGGGAGGGGGAGGAUCAGCGGUGAGAUCGGCGAUGCUGCUGGAAGGGCUGUCGAUUGAAGAGAGGAGGCAAUUGAGGGCUGUCCUACCCUUGACUGACAUCUACCAAACCACUGUAUGGAAGACGUGUGCAGUGGUGGGUAACUCGGGUGCGCUGCUGCUGAGAGAGGAUGGGGAGGAGAUUGACAAGCAUGACAUGGUUCUGCGCUUUAACACAGCACCCACUAAGGGGUACGAGAAGCAGGUGGGAAGGAAGACCACGAUUCGCCUGAGCAUACCGGACAAGGCAGGGUUCAGGGAGGGCAACGAGACGGUGGUAUACCACCUGUACUUGAGGGGAGUGAAGGACGAGCUGCAGCAUCUGCUCAACUUCAAGCGGGUCUUCAGGGAGGGGCCGCUCUAUGUGCUGGACCUGGGGUUUGAGUCGCAGAUAUUCAACACCUUUGGCGCUUUCACAUCGGUGGGAUACGUGGGGAUUCAAUUCGCCCUGCAGAAGUGCCACCACAUAGACCUGUACGGCCUCUUCCUAAGCGAGAGGCACGGCGUGAGGCAUCACUACUACAACCGCGACGAGUACAUGCCGGCUCAAGUGACAAGCGAGCAGCUGGACCGGGAGUUCGUUCAGAGCAUUGAAAUCGCUGACGCGGAGCUUAUGUGGAUUGCUGAUCCGUGCCUUUAUGGGGGGUGGAGAGAGGAAGUGACAAGCGAGCAGCUGGACGGGGAGUUGGUGCACAGCAUUGAGAUUGCCAAUGCUGAGCUCAUGUGGAUCGCUGACCCUUGCCUCUAUGCAUGUGCAUGCGAACGUCAGUGGACGAUCUCAGCCAGAAAACAGAGUGGAGAAAGCCAGCAGUUAGCUCUGAACGCACGCAGGGAGCAGCUGAAGAAGAGUGCAUGCCCUCUUCCCUCCUCCUCACCUCUCGUUCCCCUAUUCACCUCCCCACUUCCUUCACUCAUCCUCCCCUGUUCCUCCCCCCGAUGCCAUCCAGAAUGGACGACUCAGCAGCUGGCUUUGAACGCGCGCAGGGAGCAGCGGUGGCAGGAGUUUCUAAAAGUGGCAGCUGGUGGUGCGGGAGGAGCAGAAGAAGAGUGUGCGGCUGCCCCCUUCCUCCCUCUCCGCUCCCCUUCCCCCCUUCACCUCCCCUGGACGAGCCAGCAGUUGGCCCUAAACUCGCGCAGGGAGCAGCGGUGGCGGGAGUUCCUAAAGUGGCAGCUGGUGGUGCGGGAGGAGCUGAAGAAGAGCGUGCGGCUGCAGUUCCAGAUGCAGGCAGAGCGGCGCCGCAUGCGCUCCUCCUCAGGCGGACUAGGAGGGGGAUCCCGCGUGGAUGGCUCUGGGGGAGAUGGUCGGAGUGGCAGAGGGAGAGGGGGAUUGGACGCAGGAGGAGCAGGGGGGCGGGGAGCGGGAGGAGGGGUUGGAGAGAGAGGAGUGGGGGGAGGGAGUGGAGGAGUGGGGGCGAGAGGGGGGAGUCUACCUGGGGAGAGUGAGGACGAGUAUGAUAGCAUUGACUGGGAGCGAGUGGUGGUAGAGGAUAUGCUCGAUAAGCUAUCGAUGCACGAGGUGCUGCUGUACUUUAGGAGAAACCACAUUACUAUCCCGGACACGCGCGCUCAGAUGCUGCAGGCGGUGAAAGCACAUUAUUUUUUUCUGCGAGGGGAGCUGCAGAAGCAGAAGAACAGGCUGUAUCGUCCCUCAGACUGA